CGCUAGGAGAAAAAAAAAGUUUGGUGGUAAAAAGUUCUCGCCGUGCUCAAACGUCCAGGCCCUGCGGCUGUCUGCGUGCGUGAGGAGCGGUUCGAGCCCGGUGUCCAGCUGUCCUUCGGUGGAGAGAAAUGUCCGGAGUGAAAAAGCUUCGUACGGACCUCAACCGGUCAACCAACGUGGUGUACCAGGCACAUCACGUUAGCCGUAACAAGAGAGGGCAGGUUGUGGGCACUAGGGGGGGCUUUAGAGGGUGCACCAUCUGGCUCACAGGUUUGUCUGGUGCUGGAAAGACGACUAUUAGUUUUGCCUUGGAAGAGUAUCUUGUGUCCCACGCCAUUCCGUGCUACUCACUGGACGGAGACAACAUCCGCCACGGCCUAAACAAGAAUCUGGGCUUUUCCGAUGAGGACCGGGAGGAAAACAUCCGGCGUGUCGCCGAAGUGGCCAAACUCUUCGCCGACGCCGGACUCGUUUGUAUCACCAGUUUCAUCUCGCCUUUCACCAAGGACCGCAAUGAGGCGAGGAAGAUCCAUGAAAGCGCCGGGCUGAAGUUUUUUGAAGUCUUCGUCCACGCUUCUCUCGAAGUGUGCGAGAGCCGGGAUGUGAAAGGGCUUUACAAAAAGGCCCGAGCUGGAGAGAUUAAAGGUUUUACAGGGAUCGACUCAGACUACGAGCGACCAGAGGCGGCGGAGCUCGUUCUGAAGACCGGAGAGCUCACUGUGAACGAAUGCAUUCGUCAGCUGCUGGAGCUGCUCCAGGAUCAGAAUAUCGUACCGAGCGAGGUCAUGGAGGAGGUGAAUGAGCUCUUUGUCCCGGAGAACAAGCUGACUCUUGCCGUGGCCGACGCGGGCGCGCUGCCCACCAUCAGCAUCACUAAGCUGGAUCUACAGUGGGUGCAGGUGUUGGCUGAAGGCUGGGCGAGUCCUCUGAAGGGCUUCAUGAGGGAAAGAGAGUUCCUCCAGGUCCUGCACUUUGGCAACCUGCUAGAUGGCGGGGCCAUCAACAUGUCGGUUCCCAUCGUGCUGCCUGUGAGCACCGACACCAAGCAGGAGCUGGAUGGCUGUGCUGCCGUGGCUCUGGAGUACCAGGGCUCCCGUGUGGCUAUCCUCAGGAACCCUGAGUUCUACCCACACCGCAAGGAGGAGCGCUGCGCCAGACAGUGGGGCACCACGUGUCCUCAGCACCCGUACAUUAAGAUGGUCAUGGAAGGAGGUGACUGGCUGGUGGGCGGUGACCUGGAGGUGUUGGAGCGGAUCAAAUGGAACGACGGACUGGAUCAGUACCGCCUCACUCCUAAGGAGCUCAAACAGAAGUUCAAAGACAUGCAAGCAGAUGCAAUUUUCGCGUUCCAGCUGCGCAACCCGGUCCACAACGGCCACGCUCUCCUCAUGCAGGACACCAAGCGCCGUCUCCUCGAGCGGGGCUACAAAAAGCCGGUCCUCUUACUCCACCCUCUCGGGGGCUGGACCAAAGACGACGACGUGCCUCUGAGCUGGAGGAUGAGGCAGCACGCCGCCGUCCUGGAUGAGGGCAUCCUGGAUCCGUCCAGCACCAUCGUGGCCAUCUUCCCCUCACCGAUGAUGUACGCUGGCCCUACAGAGGUGCAAUGGCACUGCAGGGCCAGAAUGAUUGCCGGAGCGAACUUUUACAUCGUGGGCCGCGAUCCAGCUGGCAUGCCUCAUCCUGUGACGAAGCAGGAUUUGUAUGAACCCACCCACGGAGGGAAGGUCCUCACCAUGGCCCCGGGCCUCACCUCCGUGGAGAUCAUCCCCUUCAGAGUCGCUGCCUACAACAAAACCAAGAAGGCCAUGGACUUUUACAGCGCCGAAUGUCACGCAGAUUUCGAGUUCAUCUCCGGGACCAAGAUGAGGAACUUGGCUCGGAGCGGGGAGAACCCUCCCGAUGGUUUCAUGGCCCCCAAAGCCUGGAAGGUGCUGGUGGAGUACUACUCCUCUAUUCAGAAGAACAACUAAUCAUUUCUCAGUCCUUGCUCAAAUUAUGAGCUUUAUUCUUAAACUGGGGCAAAAAUAUAAUGUACACUAUCUUUCCUUUUGGGAGUAUUUUAGUUGGAGUGGAUUUCUAUAAGCAAUGAGAUAUUCUUUCAAGGGUUUAUUUUGUUUGUCUAUUUUAUUCUGACAUUUUAAAGAAGUUAAAUGAUAUUUACAUUCCUAUGAAAGCACAUUAGUGUAUAAGUCCAUCAUUUGUUCAAAUGCAUAUUAACUUAAGCUAUAUAUUUUAAUAAAUUAAAUUUAAAACAAGUUUUUUUAUGUUAAAGUUUAGAAGCAUGUGCCAAGAACGGGAAAUUGUGUUUUAAUAUUUACAUAUCUGAAGGAAAUAGGGUUGUUUUUAAAAAUAGAUUUUAGAUUUGCAUCAUUUAACAAGACUAUUAUACCAGUGUCUGUGAUCUGAAUGUAGUUGUGUCACUGCAUACAAUGUCAACCUGUCUUAACAUGUAUGGCUGUUUUUAUAAUGUGAAAAGUGCCUUUUUCCUGUCACGCCGUUCAAAAAAACUGUAACUGUUCAUUCUUGCUGGCAUUUAACUGUAGUUUCUUUCCAGUGUGUGUGGCAUUAUGAUGUGGGCUUGUUUACUGUCUAAGAAACAAAGAGGGUCUUUGACGUCUAGCAAUAAAAUAAAACAAAACGGUUUCUAUGAAUCACAGACGGAUCCCUAAUGAUGGAACAUUGUGUACCUUACAAUAAAGGAGAUACCUCAGUCUUGAAAUGUC